AUGUGGCGCGACCGCAUUUCCGGCCAGUCGACUCCCUCCAGCGUGAAUCGCGCGCCUUCACUACCCCGGAGAUCCUCCUCUCAGCUAUCUCGAGGUCCCUAUAAUAAUCGACCUGGCGCAAACACUAAAGACUCAUCUACUUCGCUACUAUUAACUCCGAGCGACUCGUCGACCUCACUUUCAGCUGCUGCACGAGGACCGAAUGGUACCGGGCUGAGACAAACAAGUGGACAACGGCCCCGUCCGGUCACCGUCUCCGAUCCUCUAGAGGUAUUGAAUGGGAUCAUUGGCAUAAAUAAGUCGGAAAAAGCUGGCUUGCAAUUGUCGUCCCAGCUAGAACCCAGGCCAGAGGAGCUGAUAGAGGUGAUUGAGUUCGAUGGGCUGAGCCUCGAGGAGUUCGUCGCCAAAGCCGACGUGGCACCAACACGGAAGACGAAACGCAGUGAGGUCAACGCGCAAACAGUCAAACAAUUCGAACAAGAGCGAGACAAGUUCCAGGACCUACAUACGUCAAUUACCGGCUGCGACGAUGUAUCCAAGUCGGUCGAGCUAUACUUGAAUGACUUCCAGACGGAAUUGGGGGCAGUCUCCGCGGAAAUUGAAACCCUGCAAACACGUUCCACCCAAUUGAAUGCGAUGCUGGACAAUCGACGGAAUGUGGAACGCCUUUUGGGCCCAGCAGUGGAGGAGAUUAGUAUUUCUCCCAAGACAGUCCGCACGAUUGUCGAGGGCCCGAUGGAUGAGAACUGGGUGCGCGCAUUGAAUGAGAUAGAUGCUCGCACGGCUAGCAUUGAAGCCAAGGCAUCCUCGUCAAGUGGGUUUAAAGCGAUUGAAGAUGUCCGGCCUCUUCUGGUUGAUGUGAAGAACAAGGCGAUUGAACGAAUUCGGGAUUACUUGGUCUCGCAGAUCCGGGCAAUGCGAUCGCCAAACAUCAACUCUCAGAUUAUUCAGCAACAGCGGCUGGUGAAAUUCAAAGAUCUUUACACUUAUCUCUCCAAGGCACAUCCCGAUCUUGCCGGUCAGAUCGCCCAGGCCUACAUUAACACUAUGCGCUGGUACUAUACCUCCAACUUCACCCGGUACCUACAGGCCCUUGAGAAGAUCAAGGUGUACCCCAGCGAUCGAAACGAGGUUUUGGGAGGCGACGCUUCCGCCCAUCGCACUGGUAAUAUCCUCCCUGGCGGCCGAGCUGGCUCUGCUGCCCAUGAUCCUUUCUCUCUGGGUCGACGCAUUGAUAUCCUCCGAAACACCAACCAGCAGGCGUUGUCUUCCUACCUCGCGGAACAAGACAACGCCUACCACGGUAUUGAAGUGCCGUUCCGAAACUUCAAUGUUGCGUUGGUGGACAACGUAGCUGCAGAGUAUUCCUUCCUAACCGAGUUCUUCUCUCCUUUCACAUUCCAUGAAAUUUCACGCAAGGUUGUGGAAAUCUUCCAAGCAGUCUUUGCCUUGGGGCAAAGCCUUACCAAGAAGCUGAUCGACAACACCACCGACUCUUUGGGUGUUUUAAUCUGUGUUCGUCUCAACCAGCACUCCGCCUUUGAGCUCCAGCGACGUAAAGUACCCGUCGCCGAUUCAUACGUUAAUGGUAUCAACAUGCAUCUUUGGCCGCGCUUCCAGGUGAUCAUGGAUCUCCAUGGCGAAUCUCUCAAGAGAGCUGGCUCCAACACCGGGCGUAGUGCCGUCUCCGCACUCUCCCUCGCAGGUGGAGAUGAUCUGAAGCAGUCAUCGGCACCACACUUCCUGACCCAACGGUUUGGACAGCUCCUUCACGGUAUCCUCGUGCUGAGCAGCGACGCCGGGGACGACGAGCCUGUGGCAAACAGCUUGGCCCGUCUGAGAAGUGAAUUCGAUACUCUCUUGGCGAAGCUCAGUCGGAAUGGUACCGAUGCCAAGCGCAGAGAACGAUUCCUGUUUAACAAUUAUUCGUUGAUUUUGACCAUCAUUAGUGAUACCAAAGGCAAAUUAGCCGUCGAACAGAGAGAGCAUUUGGAUGAGAUGCUGAAGAACUGCAGCAAGCGCCGUCUUAUGUCCUCGGGAGUUGACCGAUCCGAGGCGGAGCGGGCGAUCGGCGCGAUCCCCGUCCGCGGGGCCUCCGCCUUAUCGCAUCUCCAAUUGCUGGUCAAUUUAAUUGUUACAACUCUCCAAUUGCCCCUGGUCGUGAUGUCGGUGCGCAGGAUUGUGACGAGAUCGCCCACACUGCGUCGCCGCUUUUCAAGCGCGCGAGUUUAUCGUGCAGAUUUCACACAUGCAGUCAUCGGCGCCGGUGUUGUCGGACUUUCAGUCGCCAGACAACUAGCAGCGCGCGAGGGGACUUCUACCAUUCUCCUUGAGCGACACGAUGCGCCAGGAACCGAGACCAGCAGCCGCAACUCCGAGGUCAUCCACGCAGGCCUCUACUACCCAGCCUCCUCCCUGAAAACAAAACUCUGCAUCCGCGGCCGCAAUCUCCUCUACGAGCUGUGCUCCAAGCACGCCAUACCCCACCGCAACACCAAAAAAUGGAUCGUCGCCCAAACCCCCGAACAAUGGGAAGCUUGUCUACGGGUCCACACCCACGCCCAAGCCCUAGGCGAUGCCCCGACUCGGCUCGUCGGCGCCGCUGAAGCGGCCGCCCGAGAACCCGAUGUUAAAGCCGAUGCGGGUAUCGUCGAGAGUGAGACUACCGGUAUAGUGGAUAGUCAUUCGUUGAUGACGUAUUUGCAUGGUGAUUUUGAAGAUCGUGGCGGGGACUGCGCGUUUAAGACGCAAGUGACGGGUGUUGAGCCUGUUGUUGGUGGUGGGUAUAAAAUCACGGCUGUGUCGGGUGAGGAUGGUUCGGAGACGAGUAUUACUGCCGAUACGGUGAUUAAUAGUGCAGGCCAUGGGGCUUGCGCUAUUAAUAAUUUGCUGCUUCCUCCGGAGCGGCAUCGGAUCCCGCAUUAUGCGAAGGGAACGUACUUCUCGUAUAGUGCGUCGCGACCUCGUACGUCGGUGCUGGUGUACCCGGUAACGAUGCCGGGUCAUGGGGGUCUGGGCACGCAUCUGACGCUUGAUAUGGGUGGGCGGAUUCGCUUUGGACCGGAUGUUGAAUGGGUGGAUGAUCCGAAUGAUCUGCAACCUAGCAGUACGCGUUUGGAGCAGGCCAUUCCGGAGAUUUUGUCUUAUAUGCCCGGCGUUGAUCCAUCGGCUAUCGCGUUGGACUACUGCGGCAUUCGGCCUAAAUUGGGUCGCGGUGGUGCGGUGAAUGUGGGUCAGGGAUUCCAGGACUUUAUUAUUGAGGAGGAAGAGGGAUUCCCUGGGUUUGUGAACUUGUUGGGAAUUGAGAGUCCCGGGUUGACGAGUUGCUUGGCUAUUGGGGAGAUGGUUGAUGGGAUGCUUUAUCGGUAG